AUGUCGAUGCUUAGUACAAGCUACAGGUUUUAUGCGGCAUAUCAUUCGAACGCCGUUAAUAUUCGAAUUCACCAAGUGUGUAUUCCUUUACUUUUGUGCACGGCUUUGAUUUUAUUCUCCAAUUUCGAUGUGAGGUUGCUCAAUUCUUCUUUUCAUGUGAACUUGGCUGUUUUAAUCGCUACUAUAUAUCAAGGGUUCUAUUUAUGCAUUGAUUUCAUAGAUGGUUUGCUAUACGCUCCUGCUCUCUAUUUGUAUUCGAUUUUGUUGCCGAAGUUGUUGUUUCAACGAUGGUCUCAAUCCACAGUGAAUUCGACUGCUAUCUUUUUACAUAUCAUAAGUUGGGUACUACAAUUCAUUGGUCACGGUGUUUUUGAAAAAAAGAGACCCGCGCUUCUUGAUAACCUUGUUCAGUCUAUUUUCUUUGCACCCUUGUUUGCAUUUUUGGAAACGAGUCCUCUUUUCGGAUAUCAGCCUGCUGUUACAAAAAACAUUCGUAUUGCUACUAAGAUUCAACAAAAAGAAGAGAUUCAUGGAUCUAGUAAGAGUGUAAAAUCGGAGAGCUUGUUUGAUGAAUCUCUUCUGGAAUCCCCUGCAACUGAAGUUUCAAAUGGUCGCACAGAUAUUACGAUCCGCCCUCUAUAUUUGAGUGACAUAAACGACGAGUAUUUGGAUCUCCUUGAUGUCUUGGUUGCUGCUACUGUUCGUCCAACCUUGGCUUCUUAUCAAAAACGAUUUUUGGAAUUAAAAAAAGAUUUUCCAGACACUUAUUAUACUAUAGUUGUCGAAGAUAAAGAAAGCCGUAAAAUAGUCGGAACAGCCACUCUAUUUGUGGAAAGGAAAUUCAUACGCGGCAAUGGAAUUUGUGCACAUGUAGAAGACGUUGUCGUCCAUCCCAAGUUUCAAAACCGUUCCAUUGGCAAACUUUUGAUUCAAACCCUUACGAAAUUGGCUUUCAUUUUGAACUGUUACAAACUAAUCCUUGACUGCUCCGAAACCAAUGUUAAAUUUUAUGAGAAAUGUGGCCUAAACCGCGCAGGUGCCGAAAUGAAGAUUUAUAAUGACCUCCUUCGAGAAAACAAGUAA